AUGGCCAACCGGGACCUGAUUCCAUACUCUGAGGGGAUGACUCAAGGACAGGGGCAAGUAGCAGUAACACAUGUGACGCCAAUAUGGUUCAACACCUAUCUUCAGAGGGGUCGUAUGCACGACGCCGUGACUGUCACCGAAGAGCAGGUGGCGAACCAGGGUGCUGCUAUGAACUACGACUACGAGAUCAUCAGAGACUAUCAGAAAUUGAUCCGCUCACUAGAAAUCAGUGCUGGGGCGACCAUUGAGGCACUUGAUCAAGGAGGUGGAGCUGCUGCAAAGUUCCUUGACCGAAACGAGUUUGAGCAAAGUUUCAUGACAUACUUGGUCAGGGUCGAUGUUCAGAAACAGCCAAGCACAAAGCUGAAAUACACGUUCAACUGGGAAGACCCGAAGGAUCCCAAUGAAACUUACGGCGACCGCUUCAUCAGUGACUUCGUAACUGGUGGAGCUCUCUUCGGUCGGGUGUCUAUGUUCACCGCCAGCGCAAAUGAACAUCGAACGAUUGAGCAGUCAGCCGAAGUGGCAUUCACUGCGUACGGAGCCAACGUCCAGGUCACGCAGGAGAUGAAGAACAGCAUGGAGAAGAUACAUAAACACUCCGAGGUGAAAAUACGAAUGAUUUAUGUCGGGGUUUUUCCAGAUAGUGUGCUUGAAGCAGAUGAUCCUUCUUCCGGCCUCCUCCAACUCAAGAAUUUCGCCGACGGUUUCUUGAAAAAGGCCGAAGAGCAUAAAGAGAACCGAUAG